ACAGCUCACUGUUGUUUUCUGUUUGUUGCAUUAAUUUAUUCCAUUCUAGUCUGCCCUUUGCUUUCUUCUGAAAUGGGGUGUGUUGGCAAAAUGACAAUAGCACUCUUUUAAAAAGGCAGAGCGUUGUUUAAUCUCACAUUAGCUCUGGUUGAAUUUACGGAAAGUGUUUCACUUAUUGCAGAAUUUGUACUUAGAACUUAUAAGCACUUAUUAUAAAAAGAAGCAGCAGCUUCACAAUUGUUCUCAAAAGCUAACUAGAGACAGCAAUUUCCAGGGACUGAGACGCACAGAUGCCAGCAAGACCAGUAUGUGUGAAUAGUGACUGUUGGACGAUAUGGGAAUGCAUAGGUUGCGCUAAUGUGUGAGGAACGGUGGUUUUGUUUUUGAAAUGUCACCUAUAGGAAGGAUGUGCACCAACUUCCUCUCCCUGGUCGCACGACACACCAAGGCAGCAUUCUGAAAGCAAAACUGAUCCAAUGGGGUCAAAAUAGAUUGCCUGCCUCAAUACAGCUCUCCAAAGAUCUUGCUUGGGAAUUUAGCAGAAAAGAAAAGAGUGAGUCCACAUUCCUCAGUGGAAUCUGCAAAAGGGAAGUAAACCCAGACUUCCUGUUUGCAAGGGGAAGGAAACCAAAGCAAUGGAGCCAAGCUUCCUCAAAGCUUUCCCAGAGUUUCAAGUCAAUGCAUUCUCAGACGAGGAGGACAUUGCGCAAGGAGAAAAGAGGAAAUACAUAAAGCCAACUUCUCGAAAUGACCCUAAACUAGAAGCUCUACAAACAUUCUUUAUGGAUUGGAUUAACACAACUCUGAAGCAUGAACACAUUGUGGUGAAAAGCCUUGAACAAGACAUGUAUGAUGGAUUAAUACUUCAUCAUCUCAUAGAGCAACUUGGAUCCCUCAGUCUGGAAGUAGAGGAAAUUGCAUUGACAGAGAAGAAACAAAAGCUUAAACUUGAAAUUAUUCUGAAAUCUGUGAACCAGUGUUUACAGCUAGAAGAAAGCAAACUGAAAUGGAGUGUAGACUCCAUCUUCAGGAAGGACCUGCUGUCCACGUUGCAUCUUCUGGUGGCCAUCGCUGGCCACUUUCAACCAGAGCUCGCUAUACCUCCGAACGUUAAGGUGGAUGUAAUAAACAUAGAGCAUACAGCGAACGGAUUUAAGACAGAAGAUGCAGUUGAGUACAUCACCGGGAACAGGGAACCUGACGAAAGUUCUUCACAAGCUGAAAUCUUUGAUGAAUUAAUGGCAUAUGCUCCAGAGAAAGUGGAUGCAGUGAAAGAGGUAUUUUUGAAGUUUGUCAACAGACAUGUUGGGAAGUUAGGACUAAGUGUGAAAGACAUUGACUCUCAGUUUGCAGACGGGGUUAUUUUACUCUUGCUAAUUGGGCAGCUUCAGGGCUAUUUCCUGAAUCUGGGAGAUUUCUUCCUGAAACCAAGUUCCCCUGCAGAAAUGGUACACAAUGCAAGCCUUGCAGUAGACUUGCUAAUGGACGGAGGCCUUCUGAAUGUACCUAUCAACCCUGAAGAUCUCGUGAACCGAGAUAUGAAGACCACGUUACUAGUCUUGUAUUGCCUAUUUUCCAAAUACAAGACCAAAGAGGCAUGAAGUACAGAAAUCAAAAGGCCUAUGCCAUAUUUGCUAGUGAAUAGUCUAAUUUUCAGUGCCGAUAAUUGUUUGAUGCUUUGCAUCUACAUACAACUGAUACAUAUUGUAUGCGUACAUGAGAAUAUGUUUCAUUAACCUAAACUUGGUGGAUGCUGACAUUUACUGGUAAUUCUUAAGGUUUUACGAGGGUCAGAAGGAAAUGGCAGGUAAGACUUAAAAGAAAUCAGCAUGGCAUUUGAACAUCUACUGAACGCAGUUUGUAUUCUUGUUGGCACCUGUCUGUCUUGAGAGACAAUGGAGUGUGCCUCUGGGGGUGAAGUCAAACCGUUGUGUUUGCAGCACCAAAGUCGCCUUCCUGAGGCACAAGCCUGGGCCACGUGUCUGGAGGUCCUGGGCUGCCCAGAUGACAAGACCACCCUAUGUGGUCCAAAGGAAAGCAGAGCAGUAUGUUUGGCACCAGCUUGGCUGCAGGAGUUGCUGGGGGGGGGGGACAUACAAUACACCAUCCAACAGUCUUAGGGAUGCUACUCUGGGUUUGUAUAGGGUUUACUCCUUGGUCUUUUCUUCCUAUGAAGCUAUCCUGCAAGGCAGCAAAGGUUUAGAAUCAGAGUUUUCCUUCUCCUAGCUGGGCUACCUUCCAGGUUGACAAGCCCCACCUGCACCUAACUUCCCUCUACAGCAUGUGCAGAAACCACCUUCUUGACCAUUGGAUCCACUAUUGGUCUCACCUGCUCCAUCUGCUGGAGCCUGUCUCCACAUGCAGGAAAAGUCCCUAGCUCAUCAAAGGUUUGAAAUCCAUUAGCUACCCUCACCCGGUUUAGCCAGCCAGUUGAAGCAGUUCCUGAGGUGUGGCCACUGUCAUAUGCUGACAGCUUCUAGGAGUGUAUGGUGGGGACCAAAGGUGGACAAACAACUGCAGAAAGAGCACGACAUAUCUACCCUACAGAGGUACUACCCCUCCCCUAAUAUCCCCAUACAGCCCCAAUGCACUUUGUAGUCUUUGACAUUUAGUUAUGCACAUAAUAUUUUCCCCUGUGCACGUUUUAAAAUCUUCAGAAUUACCAGUAAAUGCCUGUAUUCACUGUUCAGUAAUAUGUGUGUUUUUGUUGAUGCCAGUAUUAUAGCCUCACCAAUUUUGAUGUCCUUAAUAAGAUUCAGAUUUGUAUAGCUAUAAAGUUCUUAGAUGAUGUGCAGUCUCCUGGCCAUAGCUUUUCCUCCAGAUUUAAUUAUUUCCCCAUAAUUUCUCCCAAGAUGUCUGCAUGUAUAUCAAUAAAAAGUUUCUGGUGCA